AUGGUGAAUAGUUUUGAUAAUCGAUAUAAACAUCGUUCGUCGAUUCUUCGAAAUCUUCAAAAUUUAUUAGAAGAUGAUGAACAAGAAUUUCAUUUAAAAACUCGAAAUAAACAAUAUGAAAAUAAUGAAGAAAGUGAUGACGUCGAAUCAGGACCAGAAAUAACACUUCAAAAUCGUGCUGCAAUGAAUACUCGUCUUCGUGUUCUCUAUACUGAUGCAAAUGGUACUCCAGCAAUAGCUGAAACUGGUCGAUUAUGGACUGGACAAACAAAAUCUGUGAAACUUCCAGUAGGUUCUAAGAACAUAAAUAUUAUCGUUGAAAAAGAUCUAUUUUUUGAAACAUGGCGUGUAGCAUAUAAAGGUACAUUAACUAAUGAAAAUCAAUGUGUACGUAUUGUUGGUGUAACACUUUUUUCAAAAAUUCAUCCGUGCAAAUAA